ACCGCCAACAACCAGGAUCUACCUGAGCAUCAUGAUGAAACGGAUCCUUCUUCUGAAUCUCAUCAGCGCGCUCUACAGCACAGCUGGAGCCCUGUUGUGUGAAACUUGCCAAGAUGAGUCAUGUUCUACUACAUUUGCCAAUACAUGUAAUUCAGAGACAAUGUGUAUAACAGCUUCAAUCCAAGGUUAUUCCUCUGGAUCAACCGCCCAAAGAAUCUACAAAGCCUGUGCAUCAUCCUCUCUUUGUCAGCAAACAGGCGCUCAGACUUUUUCAGUCAACUUGGGUAUCGAAAAAGCAAUCGCAUCUGCAGUCUGCUGCAACACAGAUAGCUGCAACUCACAGACUCUACCCUACCCCAGUAGUCCAGCCCCAAACUCUUUCCAGUGUUAUUUUUGUGACCAAAGCUCUCAGUGCAACAUUCUAACUUGUGAAGGAGCUGAGAACAAUUGCUUCUCUGCAACUGUGAUGAAUGGACAAACAGAAUCACCCGUGUAUGGCUGUAUAACUCCAACAACAUGUCAAGUUGCUCAGAGCCUGCAUAGCCUACCCUUCAUGGAGCAAGUUGGUACCAUAUCCAGUGGACCAAAUUGCUGUGAUACCGAGUUGUGUAAUGGCCCAAUAACCACAACUGCAGCACCAACCACCACAACUGUGGCUCCAACAACCACAACUGCUGCUCCCUCCACCACAACUUUGUCUCCGACAACCGCAAAACCAACCACUACAACUAUGGCUCCAACAACCACAACUGCUGCUCCCUCCACCACAACUUCGGCUCCAACAACAACAACUGCAACACCAGCCACUACAACUGUGGCCCCAACAACCAGA